AUGAAGGUUGAUCCCAUGACUGUUGAAGAUGUCGCUGCCAAUCUUGAGCCGGUUUUGAGCUUCAAAGAAGGAGGGGUCCGUGAACUCAUCCAGCGACUGCAAUGCUCCUCCAAACGUGGACAUGGAGUCUUACCCGACAAUACCCUAGUUUUGGAGAGAUCAUGCGAGCACCCCGCAGUUGUCAAUGGAGUUUGUAAUGAUUGCUGUCAAACGAUUGAAGAAGAUGGUAAUUACGGCCUGGAUUUCAGCUACUUACACAUGGGGUUGAGGCUUAGCCGUGGCGAAAUCGAUCGCUUGCGUUGCCUGGAGACUGAGAGAUUGUUUUCUCAGAAAAAGCUUCACCUGGUUUUGGAUAUUGAUAACACGUUGAUUCAUUCCUUUCGAUCGGAAGCCUUUUCAAAACUUGGUGUCCCCAAAUAUGAUAUGCAGGAAGUUGAUGGGAUCUUCGUGAAGUUGAGACCCCUUGUUUCUGACUUUUUAGAGAGGGCCAGCACCAUGUUUGAGAUGCAUCUCUACACCCUUGGCUCUCGCUCAUAUGCGAAGAAGAUGGCUAAAAUCCUUGAUCCCCAAGACAAGUAUUUCGAUCACAGAAUAAUCUCUCGCGACGAGAGCCCUGGUUUGGUAAAAACGCUUGAUUUAGUGUUGGGGAUGGAAUCUUCUAUUCUCAUCCUUGAUGAUAAUGACGAAGUAUGGCCAAAUCAUGAGCGGAAUUUGAUCUUGAUGAAAGAGUUCUUGUUUACAGGGAAGAAAACAGACGAAAACGAGAUGAAUACUCCAUUGAAUGACAUUCUUAAAGCUCUGUCUGCAAUUCAUACAGCCUUCUUCGAUGACAAUAUUCAAGCCACGUUUCGUGACAGAGAUGUUAGGGAGUUGGCAUCAUCAGUUCGUUCUACCGUGCUUAAAGGAUGUAAUUUAUACGUGAGCAACGUCAAGUAUUCUGGAAUAUUGCGGUUGAUCGCCAAGGAAUUGGGAGCCACAUGCAGCAAAGAACUCAAUCAUUCGGUGACUCAUUUGGUGUCUUGUUAUAAAGGAACCGAGGAUUUCAAUAGGGCCGUGAGAGAGGAGAAAUACUUGGAUGAUGAUACUAAGACAGAACAAUCGAAGCGAAGCUCAAGUCAGUCACACAUCCAUUACUUCCCAUCAUCCGUCACACCAGCUGAUUCUGAAGUUCCUUUCCUUGUUCAUAAACACUCCCCAAUGAGAAUGGGUGGAACUGGUGCUAAGAACAAGGUUUGGAAGUUUCUACAGCAGCAAAGUGGGUAUGAACAGAUCAUAACAGAUGAUCAGAAGAAUGAUGGCAAGAAAGUGGAAAGGGAAAUAUUCAUAAAAAUAUUAUAUGUUUGUUUUGCAAGAAAAUCCUUUUAG